AUGGAGAAUUGUUGUGUCUUGAAGGGUUAUCAUGGAUCUUGGUUCGGGAGACGCCUACGCGAGACAGCUGGAACUGAGCAAUAUGCUGAGCGUGAAGAUCCAGUCUGUGCAAGCGGAGUCCAAGCAGCUGAUGCACCAUCUGGCAAAAGUGAAGCAGCAAGUGAAAGAUGCAACUCUCCAGACCAUGAGUGGCAAUUGCACCACCAUCGAUCGCGUCCAGUUCCGCCCCUACCGGACGCUGAGAGGCCAUUUCAACAAGGUGCUCGCGCUCAGCUGGCAUCCCGACAGCAGACACCUGGCGACCGCGGCGCAGGACGGGUUUCUACUCUACUGGGACUCCGUCACGGGGCUGAAGAAGGGGCUGAUCCGGCUGGACGACCCCUGCAUUCUUCCCAGAACGCAGAGAUCCAGCAAGGAAGCUCGAUUGUCUCCAUUUUCAAGGGCCACAAGGAGUACAUCAGCGACCUCAGCUUUGUGGGGAACUCCCAGAUCCUCACCAGCUCCGGCGACAAGUCCAUAUUUCUGUGGGACAUGGAGAAAGGCACCAAGGCCGUCACCUUUAACGGCCAUCUCGGCGACGUGUUGGGGCUGUCUGUGUGUCCGACAAACAGCAAUCUUUUUGCGUCGUGCUCGUCGGACCGGCUGUCCAACCUCUGGGAUAUCCGAUGUCCGCUCGAUAGAAGACAGUUCCAGAUCUCGCUCACCCACGACUCGUCCGCCGUCAAGUUUUUCCCCGACGGCUACUCGUUUGCCUGCGGCACCGACGACGGCGAGCUGAAACUAUUUGACAUCCGCUCCGACUGCGAGCUGGCCAACUACCCGGUCAAGAUGGUCCACCAGCACGUGCGGCCGCACAAGACAGAGGAGAUCUCGAUCAGCGACUCUGCGUCGUCGCUGCGUCUGAGCCACAAGUCCUCAAUGGUUGCGGCGCUGGACAACCCGGGGGUGCUGUCCAUAGACUUUUCGCGAAGCGGCCGUCUGCUGUUCGCUUCGUACGCAGAGUACUCGUCAAUUGUGGUCUGGGACAGUGUGAUGGGCACCGUUGUGGGCACGAUGGACGGCCACCGCGACGCCGUCAGUGCGGUCAGGGUGUCGCCGGACGGACUGGGCAUAGCGACGGCCUCACGCGACCACACCAGCCGCGUCUGGACGGUCUAG